GAUCCCCCUGACUGAAAAAGUGGGGGGGAGGUGGGGGGGCAGAGUUUGAGGGGAAGGGGCAACUGAAUGCAGCCCAACCGUUGUGGUUUUCGUUAAAAAUAGUCCAGCGCCGAAGGCAAACCGUAGGCAGGGGAGGUAGAGAGAUGGAGCCCGCUGUUUUGGAUGCCGGCGUGAAUUUUUUGUUUACUUUUCGGUUUUAACCACUGCUAAAUGUGGAUUUUGUGAGAGAACCCGAUGGCAGUUGUUCCAUUGUUCCUUGUUUGAACGUAUAUCUUAGUUCUGCCGCUUGUGGAUUUUUUUUUUUAUUAUUAUUUUUUUUAAAAGGACUUUUCCAGGUAGCUUUUACAUCUGACAAAAUGAAGCCUUUGUAUUUUUCAAUCAAUUACACCUAAUACUGACGUUCUGUUUGGUACAAGGGACUCAAGUGCUGCCUCACUCAGAGGACCCUUAAAAGACUUUUUCUUUCGGCUACAUGUAGCUGAAUGCGUUACGACACAGCCUUUCUCCCCCCGAAACCUUCCGAAAGGUUUUUCCAAAAUGAAGAAAUUUAAUUUUCGCAAAGUUUUGGAUGGUUUAACUGCCUCAUCCCCCGGUGGAAGCAGCGGUGGUGGCAGUGGAGGUGGCAGCGGGGCUGGCGGUGGCUCCGUGCACCCCGGAGGGACUGCAGGAGCUGCAGGGACACCCAGAGAGGAGAUCCAGGAGACGCUCACUUCAGAUUAUUUUCAAAUUUGUAAGACGGUGCGCCAUGGUUUUCCUUAUCUACCUACUGCCUUAGCUUUUGACCCAGUUCAGAAAAUUCUGGCAAUUGGAACAAGAACAGGAGCCAUACGAAUAUUGGGCAGGCCUGGUGUUGAUUGCUACUGCCAACAUGAAAGUGGUGCUGCAGUUCUGCAGCUUCAGUUCUUAAUCAAUGAGGGUGCUUUGGUCAGUGCAAGUGCAGAUGAUGCACUUCAUUUGUGGAAUCUUCGACAGAAACGACCAGCUAUCCUACAUUCUCUGAAAUUUAACAGAGAAAGGAUUACUUACUGCCAUCUACCUUUCCAGAGUAAAUGGCUUUAUGUUGGAACAGAAAGGGGAAAUACACACAUUGUAAAUAUUGAGUCCUUCAUUCUUUCUGGAUAUGUUAUCAUGUGGAACAAGGCAAUAGAACUAUCCACAAAGACUCACCCUGGGCCAGUUGUACAUUUAAGUGACAGCCCAAGAGAUGAGGGAAAACUAUUGAUAGGCUAUGAAAAUGGAACUGUAGUACUCUGGGACUUACGAUCUAAAAGAGCUGAUCUGAGAGCUUAUUAUGAUGAGGCUAUUCAUUCUGUUGCGUGGCAUCAUGAAGGGAAGCAGUUCAUGUGCAGUCACUCUGAUGGCAGCUUGACCUUAUGGAAUCUCAAAAGUCCUAACAGACCAUUCCAGACCACAAUCCCACAUGGAAAAAUUCAGAGAGAUGGUAAAAAACCUGAAUCUUGUAAACCAAUUCUUAAAGUAGAGUAUAAGACCUGUAAAAACAGUGAACCAUUUGUGAUAUUUUCCGGUGGAUUGUCAUAUGAUAAGGCUUGUCGAAGACCGAGUUUAACAAUCAUGCAUGGGAAAGCAAUUACAGUUCUUGAAAUGGAUCACCCUAUAGUUGAUUUUUUAACUCUCUGUGAAACCCCAUAUCCAAAUGAAUUUCAAGAACCCUAUGCUGUAGUUGUGCUUUUGGAAAAAGAUCUCAUUGUUGUUGACUUGACACAAAGCAAUUUUCCAAUCUUUGAAAAUCCAUAUCCUAUUGACAUUCAUGAGUCACCUGUUACCUGCACAGAAUAUUUUGCGGACUGUCCUCCAGAUUUGAUUCCUGUACUCUAUUCUGUAGGAGCAAAACAUAAAAAGCAAGGAUACAGCAAUAAGGAGUGGCCUAUCAGUGGUGGAGCGUGGAAUCUUGGAGCUCAGACAUACCCCGAAAUCAUUAUUACAGGCCAUGCAGAUGGAUCAGUAAAGUUUUGGGAUGCUUCUGCCAUUACUCUACAGAUGUUGUACAAAUUAAAAACAUCAAAGGUCUUUGAAAAACAGAAAGUAGGAGAAGGAAAAGCUACAGCUGAGAUUGUGGAAGAAGAUCCUUUUGCUGUUCAGAUGAUGUACUGGUGUCCUGAAAGCCGAAUUUUCUGUGUGGCAGGAGUUUCCGCGUAUGUGAUUGUUUACAGGUUCAGCAAACAUGAAGUAAAUACUGAAAUUGCAUCAUUAGAGGUACGACUUCAGUAUGAAGUAGAAGAUAUCAUUACUCCUGAACCGGAAAUAAUUCCUCCAUUUCCAGAUGCCUCCUCCCAGCUUCCUUCUUUAAAGAGCCUUUCAGGCAGUACCAACACCGUAGCAUGUGAAGGAACAAUGAAGGAUAGUAUCCCGUGUCUUAGCGUUAAGACUCGACCUGUGCGAAUGCCUCCUGGAUACCAAGCAGAUCUUGUUAUUCAGUUGGUGUGGGUGGAUGGUGAGCCUCCACAGCAGAUUACCAGUCUUGCCGUAAACUCUGCUUAUGGACUAGUGGCAUUUGGAAACUGCAAUGGUUUGGCCGUUGUGGACUUCAUGCAGAGGACAGUACUGCUGAGCAUGGGAACCCUGGACCUGUAUGGAUCAAGCGAUCCAUACCAGCGUCAGCCCCGUUCACCUCGCAAAAGCAAGCAGUUUGCUGCAGACAACUUUUGCAUGCGUGGCCUGUCUAACUUUUAUCCAGAUUUAACGAAACGGAUCCGUACUUCCUAUCAGAGCCUGACUGAACUCAGUGACAGUCCAGUUUCCCUGGAGCUAGAGCGUUGCAAGUCUCCCACUUCAGGUAAAGAUCACGUGAACGGCCACUGUACGAGUCCAACAUCCCAGAGCUGCGGGUCAGGAAAACGACUUUCCAGCGCAGAUGUCUCAAAAGCAAACCGUCGAGGGCCUGGGAGGCCCCCCUUCAGGAAAGCGCAGUCUGCGGCCUGCAUGGAAAUUUCUCUCCCAGUCACCACAGAAGGUUACAUUUCCAGACGGGCAAUGCUUCAGCAAUUACACGGAAUCAGUACAUUCUCACACGACGAGCGUCUCUAUACUGCUCACACAUGGAUGAACAAAGAAAAUAGGGAAAACUCCUUCAGCCGUUCCCGAAGCUCCAGCGUGUCCAGCAUCGACAGGGACUCGAAGGAGGCAAUCACUGCUUUGUACUUCAUGGAGUCCUUUGCCCGAAAGAAUGACUCCGCUGUCUCCCCCUGUCUCUGGGUCGGAACAGGCCUCGGUAUGGUCUUAAUCCUCUCCCUUAACCUGCCCGCUAGUGACGACUUACGGCAGUCAGAGCCGGUCAUGGUGUCGCCGAGUGGCACAGUCCUGACGCUGAAAGGAGCUGUGCUGACCUUCGCCUGCUUGGACUGCGUGGGGACGUUGACACAUCCACCCUAUGAAGUAUGGAGGGACCCACACAGUGCUGAUGACGGUGACAAAACAAGAAAAAGGAAACUUGUCAUGCAUUCCCCUUCCUCCUCCCAGGAUAUGGGUGAUCAUCAAUUUGCAGUCAUUUGUUCAGAAAAACAAGCCAAAGUCUUCUCAUUGCCUUCCCAAACAUGUCUUUAUGUCCACAACAUCACCGAAACGUCCUUUUUAUUGCGAGCAGAUGUGGUCACCCUCUGUAACAGCGUCUGUCUGGCGUGCUUUUGUGCCAAUGGGCACAUCAUGACACUGAGCUUGCCCAGCCUUCGCCCGCUGCUGGACAUCAACUAUUUGCCGGUGACGGACAUGAGGAUAGCGCGGACCUUUUGUUUCACCAACGAAGGGCAAGCUUUGUACCUCAGCUCUCCCACAGAGAUCCAGCGCCUGACCUACAGCCAGGAGAUGUGUGACAACCUGCAGGACAUGCUUGGGGAUUUGUUCACUCCUGUGGAAACACCAGAAGCCCAAAACAGAGGCUUUCUCAAAGGACUUUUUGGAGGAAGCGGACAAGCUUUUGACAGAGAGGAGCUUUUUGGUGAGGCCACGGCAGGAAAAGCCUCUCGCAGUCUUGCCCAGCACAUCCCUGGAUCCGGGGGGAUUGAAGGUGUGAGAGGAGCCGCAGGAGGAGUCAUUGGGGACUUGACCCGUGCCCGCAUCGCCCUCGACGAGAGGGGACAGAAGCUGGGGGAGCUGGAUGAAAGGACUGCCAGCAUGAUGGCCAGCGCCGAGGCGUUUUCCAAACAUGCACACGAGGUGAUGCUGAAAUACAAGGACAAAAAGUGGUACCAGUUUUAGACUUUCAAAGAAGUUGCUCGUGGCUUUAUUAAGAACACUGUUCAGGGAAGCAACGUUCAUUCCCAAAUCUACCAGUCACUGGCCAGAGACAGCUUUUUCUCCUAGAAGAUGUUUUCCUGUUACUAUUCUUGGAUUCAUCACAGUUGGGAGUCAAGGAGAAACUUUACAGACCAUGGGAUGGAAGCUGGAAUCAUGUGGGUCUUAGUCCAACAGCUGGCUCAGGCGGUAGCCAAUUUUUUUCCCAAAAGGAACUCAACCAUCACUGUGGCAUGUAGUUUUUCAGAAGCUGUAGGUAUGAACUGUGGGGAGUGUGUCUGGUUAAAAAUAUUCUGUACAAACUCGAAUGUUAAUGCACUUAUAAAACUUUGCAUGACUAAUUGACAUCUUAAAAAAAAAAGAAAAAAAAAAAGAGAAAAAGAAAGCAUGUUGUGACCGAAGAAAAAUGGGAUUUAUUUCUAUUCUGAGAAAAAAAAAAAACAAAACAAACUUAAAUGGCAAAAAAUAUUUAUUUUUUAAAAGUGACAUUACAAGAAGCCAGUACAUUUCAAGCAUGUUUGCUACCGUUCUCAACACAAAAAUGAGUUGAGCUGCAUUUUCUUAUCUGCUAUUUAUUUCCCUUGAAAAACCUUGCUUGAAAUCAGUGCUCUUUCUUUAACUCCUACCAGAAAAAAGAAAUAACUUCAAAAUCCUACACCCAAAAUUUACAGAUUUUUCUUAUAGCUAGACAGGCACUAUCUGAAAUGUCAUUAAAACAUCAGCAUAGAUGGUUUAUUUGCCAUUCAGAGCACAUGACAUGUUAUCCUUAUAUGUACUUUUUAAAAUGUGCUCUAGAUUCAUCUCGGUUGUCCUUGAAGGGGGCUGUGGCAUUUCUUCAUCCCUGUGGUGUCUGUAUCACUUGGUUGCCUUAUUUCUCAGUAGCAGGAAUAGAAAACCAGCUUAGGAAAUGGCUUCCUGAAGUUGGGAAAGGCAGGAUGGGAAACCGCAGGGCUACGAGUUGGAAAGUCCUGGCGAGUUCUGCUCACGGAAGCUGCUUGGCAGUUGGCAGAGCAGUGAUUUUUCCAAAGUGGUUGGCUGAAAUAAGGAAACUGCACAGCAACCCCCCCCUGCUAAGGCUGGGGAGAGAGAUCACAGCAGCAGGACCAAACGAUGGGCCAGGGGAGGAGCAUGAAAAACAAUUGUCAACAUCGGGCGCAGAAUUGGCACGUACAGAAAACGACACCGCGGGCGCGCGGCAAUUGAUUUUCUGCUCACGCUGCUGAAAGUCAUUUGCUCCUGCUUCAGAGCGGCUUGUUUGGUUUCUACAGUGAAUUCUGUGGAAAAACUCUCCAACCUGCAGCUACAGAAGAGAAGAGUAAGUAGAACCGACCUGUCUGUGCAAAUAGAUUCCUAGUUCCGCGAGCGCGCUGCAGCCCCAGGAGCUCCAGGAGCCUCACUGCCACACAGACCAACUUAAGUUAGAAAUUUCUCCAAGACUGGCUUGGAAACAAGGCACUGAAGUCCUGGAUGGAGUUUCAAAUUAGAAAAGGGAAGUGAGGAAAUGGUGGAAAAGCAAGAGUUUAAAAAUUUUCUGUAGAAGAGUGACAUCCUCUGUCCCUUCAAGGGGUCCCAUCCUGACUUCCUUAGUCCUUAGCUUCACCGGCGCUGGUAUCAUCCCAGCGUUCAGGUGAUCUCUCCCAAAGAUGCCUUUUCCACAUCCUUCCUAUUUUUACAAGAAAAUGGAGCCCAGGAAAUUGUACAGUCCAGAAGUCUGGCUUCACUGUCAGCCCAGCUGCACAAGUUAAAGGGUUGGACCAGAUCUGAGGUGUUCUAUUUUUAGUUCACAGUGUAGCACAACAGGAAUGUCACGCUUUCCAAGAUUUUUACAUUUCUGAGUGGGCAAAAAUCAAAAUGAUGCCCUGACAAAUCUAGCUCAACUGGGCAUGAGACUCAACAAGCUCCUCUCUGGCAAAGGAGAAACUGCUCUGUGAUUGUGAGAACUGUAGAAAGGUGUUGGGAAAAAGGUCAAAGCUGAAACAAGGCCUAGGUUUCUGCUGAGAAUUAAGGAAUUGGAGUUGUCCAGGAGCUGUGUGAGGAAACAACAAACUCACGGUUCUGAUGCCACCAGGAGGUGGGUUGGGGAACUCCUUCCAGCAGCCACGUCACAGAACCAGAGACUUGAGGGUGUGAGGAAGCACCACUGGAACCAGCAUCAAGAAUGAGAAAUGAGAACAACAUUACAGCAAUCUUUUGUUUAAAUAAACACUCUGCCUGUGCUUUGGCCUGUACUCCAAAACCACUCGUCUCUGGGUAACAAAAUCCCUUGGGGCAGCACUCAAACUCUCCAACCGACUUCAUAGACCUUAUUUUUUCCUGCUUUUACAGAGAAACGAACCAGCUUUCACUAAUACCAAGCCAAGGCUGCCGUGCCCAGCGCUACGCUUGCCUCUGCCACCCAGCUGGUGGAAAUGGGAAGGCCCUUCCCAGUGUACGCUGUGGGACCAGUUUCCACCAUGAACUGGUGUAACGCAGGCAGCCUGGGCGAGUGGUAGCUCUUGUGCUCAGGCAGCAGUUGGGUCACUUGGAUGACAAAGAAGCUACUGAGUUUUUGGCUGUAUCUAUCUCCCAUGGGUGGUGAAUAGUGCAAAGAGCCCCCGUACCUUGAUUCCAGUGGCAGCAUCUUCAGGCUGGAGGAGCUGGAGCCCAGUCGCUCUUUUAAGAAUGAAAUGUAAAAAUUUAAGAGCAACUUUUAAUUGCUAAUCACUACAGCACACCCAGAGAGACAAGUGUCUUCAACAAGUCAUUUACACAAUGCCUGACUGACUCUGGCUGCCAACAGGCUCUAGCUUAACACCAGGGGGGCCAAAAAAAAAACCAAAACAAACCCACCAGUAGAUUUCCAUUUGCAUUUUUAUGCAACAGAGAAAUAAGACCCUGCAUCCCUCAAACUUACAAUUUUUAAUACUAAACUUUUAAGCACCUUUUCUCUGGUAUUCCCCAUCAGGUCACAGCUGUCUCUUGCUUUCCACUCUCACAUAUUUUACAUAUUUCCAGACAGUUAUAAAUUACUAUUUCUGUUAAGUUCACCACUUGUGACUAUAAUUAUCAAUUUUCUUGUAGUCUGUAGAGAUCUAAAAAGUUGUAUAUGUUUGUAUAUAGAACAUUCUAUAUAUAUAAAUAUAUAUAUGUAAUGUAUAUGUUGUAUAAGUUUGUUAGUGCACACUGUUAAAUGCUUUCUAUCACAAUUUAUCAUGUAUGUGGAAAAAAAAAAAAAAAAAAGCAAACCCUUUCACUUAAAAACUUCAAUGAGGGAGGAAAAAUUCUUGCCUGGUUGAUUUAUUGUGAAAUGAGGGGGAGUGUGGGAUUUUUGAAAGGCCUGACCUGAACGCUACUAAAGGCUGUGAGUGAAAGGAAGAGAGAUGCAGCAUUCCCAGCAACCAGCACAGCAUCUGACCUGCCCUGACUUGCUGUAAGAAAAUUGAGGACAGUGGCUGUCGCUGGAUGUUGAAAUCAUGUGCUUUCACCUUUCCCACUAAGACAGCACCACCUCAAGCAAAACCCUAAACUUAGCGGUAUCUUCAACAUCGCAAUCCUCGCUUACACUAGACCAGAUUGGCUGGAAAUAGUUGUUCAAUUUCAAAUGCUUUUUGUUCAGGUGGAGACCCAGUUCCCUCCCAUUCUUACUUACAGGAGCUCUUUAUCACAACCACAUCCAAAAGCAGACACACACAACUUCCAACAGCCUCUGGGUUCCACCAGGCGUGUUUAAUCUUACGCACAGAGCUGUAGAUAGACAGAAUAUACAGAGAAAAUACAUUACAUUAGAUUAUUUAUAUAUUUUCAGAGUUAGCAAGUCUUCAGUGAUGUACAAGCUAUUGUAUUUUUUAAAAAAAAUAAAUAAAUCGAUUCCUAGAGUUUUAACUUAAGCGCCAAAUCUUAAUUAAAAGACAAGAUAAAGGAAAAUUUGAAAAUCAGGUUUUGUUUUGCAUAAUGACCUGUUUUCUAAAUUUUUUUUUACAAUUCUAAAGUUCAACUAUGUACAUGAAUUAGACAUUCCCUAUAUUACCAGAAUAUAGCUUGUUAGACAAAUAUUCAACAGAAACACUCCAUUUACUAUGUUGUAUAAAAUUAUCACAAAUAGAAAUUCUUUUAAAACGGUUUACAUAUUCCUUUUAGAGAAGCCCCUUCACAUCACAUGUACAUUGUAUCAAAGAUAUACAUACAAAAAUAUUUUUUUAGUAUACAAUUUAAGUGGAGAAAACACUGCAGCUUAACCAAGAGCUGUGUUCAGCCUCAGGACUCCUCCAUUUAUAAACUCUGUGUAUUGUAACACAGGCAAACAGCCAAAUUUCAGUUGAUUAGACCCCUUAAAUACCCCAGCUCCUCCCCCCCGAUCCUGUUCCAGACCCUAAAGGUGAAUUCAAGCACAGUAUAUUUCAGUCUCGAAUGUUUUUUUGCCUUGGUAUGGUCUUAGUAAGAACACACUCUCUCUCAUUAAGGAGCUACGCGUGGCCAUUUGUAGUCAACUCUUCAUCUUAGGUGUAUAAGCAAUAGUCACGUAAAUGAGUGUUUCCAUUCAUGUGUUUUGUUUUGUGAUUAAAUCAACAAAUCAAACAUUGUACUUUUUUAAAUAGCAACCAAUAUUCAGAUUCAGUGUCAAGGAAAUGUGGACAGAGUACGUCUGGGGUUUGUUAACGAGUCAUUACCUGUAUCUCAGAAUGAAGGCUAAUGGGGGGGUGAACCACACACUCCUGUGCUAACCAUGUCCUGUUUCCACAGGUAUCCGAAAUCAGUGUCACAAAAGGAAAACUAAGGCAUCUUUCACUGAGGCUGUUUCGAGUCCCCAGUA